AUGAACAGAUGUGUACCUAACACAAGAUAUCGUUGGACCUAUCGACCGCAGCCCAUUAGUAAGUCUCUCAGAUUUUACUAAAAUGUUUAAAAGUAUAAAUUUAGGUAUAUAAUUUUUCAGAUAUUCAUAUACCGUUGGUAUCCCGCCCCAACCCCAACAUUCCACUAAAACCCAUGCCCUCGCCCCAGCCCAUAGUACCGCUCACUAGAGGUACCCUAUCUCCAGCAACCUACCCAACAACUACCACAACUCAAACUACAACAACAACUACUCCACCAACUCCACCUCCACUUAUCUCAACGACUCCAGAACUACCAACUCCACCUCCAUACACUGGAACUUAUGCGCCGCGAAUCGAAGUUACCACGGUAUUCAUGAGGCCAUCGAAGAAGCCGGAAGUUGAAGGGUUACCGUUUAUACCAGGUAAGACUAUUCUUGAUUGAAAAUAUAGAAAAAUUGUUUUUAAAAUUGGCGGGAUUUUUGAAUUUGAAGCUUCGCGGCGAAACUAAAAUAAAAUUAUCGCGAAAAAUUCUUCGCAACUCUUCUUCAUGGUUAAUAUUCUCGAUGGUUUUGCUUGAUUUCUUCGUAAAUUUAUAUUGUAAAUGUUGUCUACACGUUGGAAAAACUUAUUACUUUGCAAAUUCUUAUAGACUUUCUGAAAAUCUACACUUUUAUGUUGUUAACGCCUAUUUUCCCAUAAAAUUUCGAGAAAUUCUGCUAUUUUCAUGCUAAAACAGUGUCAAAAGUGGAGUUCAAUCGCUAUUGGUAAGCAUUUUUAAAAUAUUUUUGUUGCUUUAGGUAAAGAAAAAGGUAUUUUUUCAAAUCCGAUUCCUUUCAUUGUGUUUUGAGCGUUAUUCCUCCGGUUUAGCCCAUCCAUAUUAUUUUAGGUUAAUCUAUGGAGAACGAUUUCGAAUUCGGACAUGUUUUGAAGCUAAAACAUAACUAAAAAAGACAUCAACUUGUUGAAAUAGUCUUCUGUUCAGCUAAAAUAAUAAAAAUAUUAUGUAAAACGACAUACCAAUCGACUUUUCAUCUUAUUUUAGCUUGAAAAUGGCAGAAUUCCUCGAAUUUUUAUUGAAAAAUAGGCUUUAACAACACAAAAGUGUAAAUUUUUAAAAUGUAUGGAAGAAUUGAAAAAGUAUAAGGGUUGACAAAUUGUAGACAACCUUUUCAAUAUAAAUUUACAAAGAAGUCCAGCAAAACCACCGAGAAUAUUAACCAUGAAGAAGAGUUGCAAAGAUUUUUUUUGGUUUUGCGGCGGUGGAAAAUACAAAUUCUAUAAUACCUUCUUCUAAUUCUAUAUAUUUUUUAAUCCCUGAAAUGACAUUCUUUUUCAGAUUCCGCAGACAAACAGAAUCCAUGUCCAAAUGGUCGACCGUUAACGAAUGAAUAUAAUGCUCCGAUGACAUGUAACUUUAUGGUGAAGCCGAAUGGUGGAUGUCCUGAAGAUUAUUGGUGUCAUACUGGAGCUUCCUUCGCUGCCACUACUUGUUGUCCUAUCAUUAGAUUUGGUAAAAUACGUUUUUCUGAAUUAGUGGGUUUAUUAUGUACUAUUGUAGGGGGAAGUAGGGUAGGGUACGGUAUGCUACGGUAGGGUAGGGUAAACUAACGUAGGGAUAAGAUGAUUUAAAGUGGAAAAUGUUAUCACUAUGAGUAUUUUCUCAAAAAUUACAGUAGUUUUUUAGAAGACAGAUGUAAAAUGCCGAAAGUAAAUGGAGAAGGUGAAGAUCUGAUUCCACGUUGGUAUUACGACCAUCUCGAUGGAGUUUGUAAGCGUUUCCUUUACAAAGGAUUGAAAGGAAAUGCCAACAACUUUAUCACAAACGUUCAAUGUAGUGAAGCUUGCGAAGGAUCUCAAGGUAACUUCAUUUUGAAGCCAUCUCUUGCCUAUAAUAAUAACUCUUAUAUCUUACAUAUACGAUGAUUAUGCUAUACUAUACUUUCCAGAAAACCUCCGUGCAACAGGAUUUGUAAAUCCAUGUGCGGUAGGCACUCCAGCCAAGCUAAGAGAUGGCAGUGUUCAAACCUGUACUCCAACCGACGAAACUCAUUCGGUUUGUCCGACCGGUUACUUCUGUCAUAUCGGUGAUACUAAGAAUGUGUGUUGUGAAAAGACCUCCAGUAAGUUUGUAAAACACGACUACAUAAAAAUCUUUUAAUAAAAAAACAAUUUUAAAAAAAAUUGUUUUAGGUAACAAAAUUUCAAAAAAUUUAAUUUUGAUUAUAAAAUUUGAAAAAAGUUUUUAUUACCUAAAAUAAGAUCCUUUACCUCUCUUUAGACACUGACCGAUGCCACCUGCCAUUAGCGACUGGAACAGGUUCGGCCGAGUUGAGACGUUUCUACUACAACCCAAUUGCCAAAAGAUGUAUCGAGUUUUUGUACAAAGGAAUUGCUGGCAACGAGAACAACUUUUUGACUUAUAAUGACUGCAAAAAGCAGUGCUUACGUGAGUUUAUGAAAUUUCUUAAAUUUUGUUUUGUCAUACCUUAUUAUACACUACUUUACAGGCCUACUGUAUUAUGUUUUAUCUUUUUCUAUUAUAUUUUGUCUUACUCUAUUAUAACCUAUCUAAGUGUACUCUAAAAUACCCUCCUUUACUAUAGUCUAUUCUAAUUUACUCUGGCUUAAUUGCUCUAUUCUACCCUACUCUUCUCUCUCUUACUCUACCGUAUUCUACCCUGCUUUAAUCUAACUUACUCGAUCCUACGCUACCCUACCCUAGCUUAUUCUACUUUUCCCUACAUAACGAUAUUUUACUCUAACUCACCUUAUUCUAUCUUAUCUUACUCUAUAAACUCUACCCUACCUUAUCCUACUCUUGCAGGCUUCAACAACCCCUGCCCAUCCUCAUUCGACCAUGGUGAGCGCAAGGAAUGUUCUCCUUUAUCAAAUCUCUGUGAGAAGGGAGAGUGGUGCCAUAUUGGGUCGAAUGCUGAGACUACUGCAUGUUGUCCUGGCGCCAUCGCUGAUCCAUGUAAACUACCAUUGGAUCAUGGAGAAGGUAGUGAGACAAUCACAAGAUGGUACUCUGACCCAUCUGACAAGUCGUGUAAUAAUGAAUGUAAACCUUUUGUUUACCGCGGAGUUAAAGGGAAUCAAAAUAACUUUGUCACUAAGGAGGCGUGUGAGGAGAAGUGCAAGAGUAAGUUAACUUGAUUGUUGACAGCCUACUGUGGUUCAAUAUUAUCCAAGUUUAUUAAAAAUGAGCGUAUUUUACAUUACCUAACCAAACAAAAAUAGUGCUACAACUAGAAUACAGUAACCGCUUAAUAGCAGAGUGUCUUGUUUGCAGCCGAGUGCACUAACCCGUGUUCGAGUGGGGAUUUGUUGUUGUCGUCGGUGGAUGGGAAGCCAAGACAGUGCAGUCCGACCGACCUGUGUCCGAAUGGCUACUGGUGUCAUGUGGGGCUGGUCCCUGACACCACCGUCUGUUGUUCCGCUGGUAAGAGUUUUUUGUGGGAUUUUUAAGGCCUUCAUAGGGGAUUAGAAAGUUUUAUCGUUUUUGAUUGUGGAAAGAGGUGUAAAUUAACGACAAAACUUUUUUUUAAAGUUUAAUAGGUUUUUUUAUGUUGAAAUUGUCUUACAGGGGAAAAAUUUAUGGGGGGGGGGUAAAAAAAAUUUUUGGGCGGGGUAAAAAAAUUUAGGGGCGGGGUAGCUUCCAAAAAUAUUUUUUAGGGAUAGGAGAAAAAUAUUUUUUUAAAGGCGGGGUAAAAAAGUAUUUUUGGGAGGGUGAGGGGUUAAAAAAAUUUUUUUAUAACAUUUGAAAAUGUUAACUUUACUGUAAGUAUAAUUAUUGCCUGUCUUUCAGUAAAACAACCUUGCGACUUGCCAAUGGUGGAAGGCUUUGGAGAAGCCAUGCUGACUCGUUGGUACUAUAACAAAAGGACUCGACAGUGCAUCAGCUUUAUUUAUCGAGGAAUCGGAGGAAAUCAGGUAGGUUUAUAAAUUGACGGGCCUUUUCGAACGCCGUAUUUUACAUUUUUUUUAUUUUUAAUAGGUGGUAUUUUACUUUAUUUUUAGCUAAAAAAUUAAAAAGACUAUAUUGUUUUACAAACAACUACACUACCGCCACCGUAUUUUACCAUUUCAUCUUAAGACCUUAACUUUAUGAACUCAAGUACCACUUAUAUGCCAUUUUACAUAAUAUACGUCUAUUUUCAGAACAACUUUUUAACCCAAGAUGACUGCCGCGCGGCUUGCCCAGCCUUUGACAAUCCUUGUGGCACUGGUCAGCCAUUACUGGUCAAUCAUAAGCCAAAGAUUUGUAGUCCAAACCAAAGAUGUCCUGGCACUCAUUAUUGCCACAUUGGGGAGAGUAGUUUGAACUAUUGUUGUCCUAAAAGUAAGGUUAUUUUACUGAGUUUUUACGUUUACUAUGAGACUAUUGACUUUUACUUUAUCGAUGGAGGGAACCGGCCCAUUGUUUGGCCCUUAGGGCCUUGGUUUGGGGCCCGGCCAAAUGUCAUAAAGGCCUGAUUUAUAUUUAAAAAUGGCAUUGGAUCUUCAUUUCUAAUGAAAAAUGUCAUAAAAUUCUUAUUUCUAAUGUAAAAUGUCAUAAAAUUCUUAUUUCUAAUGAAAAAUGUCCUAGAAGUAUAUUUUUUCAAUUUGAAACCAAAAAAUUUAAAUUUCAGACGGCAACCCCUGUGAUCAACCCCUAGCCGUGGGCCAAGGCCAAGCCAACUUCAAACGCUUCUUCUACGACCAAGAGACGCGCCAAUGCCAAGAGUUCACUUAUCAUGGCUCCAAGGGCAAUGCCAACAACUAUCUGACGCUGGAGGACUGUCGGAUCGUCUGUCAAGGUGUUUUAACGUUUCAUAGCUAAUCUCACUUAAAAACACCAGCCACCUUACUCGCUAACCCUCCGCUUUUGUUGCUUUUGCUGUUCAUUAAACACUUACUGUAACCUUUGUCAUCUUACUGCUUUUUAAUGGUUUUGCCGCCUUAGGGAAAGUAUUUUUUAAAUUUUUGAAGUUUUUUUAAAUUAAAAUUUUUUGAAUUAAAUAUUUUUCGUAUUUUACAAAAAAUUUGUUUCAAAAACUUUCUUUCCAACCAAUUUAAAUCAAAACACAAUUUAAAAAACGUAUUUUACCUUAACAAUAUCCAGCUUCCGAAAACCCAUGCCCUGAGGGAGACCCGCUUCAAGACCCAAUCAGUCGGGAGCCGCUGAUCUGUGGAGGACCUCAGGAGUGUCCCAGUGGGUUCUGGUGCCAUGUUGGAGGAUCACCCAACACUACAAAUUGUUGUCCAGGCUGUGAGUUAUGUUACAGUAGGCCAAUCUUUGAAAGGGAGCAUAAUGUGUAUCCUCUUAAAAUACAAUAAAACACCUUUACCACGCCCAUUUUUAGCCCGAAAACCCUGCGAUUUGGAGACGAAUGAAGGUCAAGGAACGUUACGAUUGGAACGUUGGACAUUCGACGGAACGGCUCAAAUGUGCCGCCGUUUUUACUACAAAGGAACCAAAGGCAACUCCAACAACUUUUUGAGUCGGGAUGCUUGUCGACAGGCUUGUCCUGGUAAGUUAGGUUAAGUGGCAUUGUCAUGGAUGGGCGAGGGUGUUUAAUAACUCUAAUAGAAGGGAGGAAGAUGGUUUUCUUGGCAUGGAGAAGGAAAAAGGCGUUGGAAGGGGGGGGGGUGUUGAAUUCAAAUUUUUUAAAUGACAUUUUCGAUAUGACAUCACUUCUAAAAUGAUUAAAAUUGGUCACAACUAAACCUAUUUUAGAAGCCAACCCAUGCCUAACCGGAGAGCCUCUUCUCAAUUCAACCGGUAAUCGACUGACUUGUGAACCGACCGAAAAGUUCACCGGAUGUCCAGCUAGCCACUUCUGUCAUCCCGGAUCCAACACCGAUAGUCAAGUGUGCUGUCCUCGAGGUGAGGUUGACAUAUGUGAACAAGGAGUUCAAGAAGGGCAUGGCAAAGAAAGUCUGAGGAGAUUCUACUUCGAUCCUUCUGAAUCCGUCUGCCGUGAAUUCACGUUUCGAGGCGGCAAAGGGAACGAGAACAACUUUGUCAGCAAAUCCGCUUGUGAAGAUGUUUGUCCUGGUAAGUAUCAAACGGUCCUCAAAAACAUAUUUUACGAUCCUCUAUCGUCUUGUCUAUUCAACUGUAACCGAUGUUUUAGCCCACAGAAGCUACUGUCCUCACGGUCAGCCUCAAACCGACCCCCACUCCAAGAAGCCUAUACCUUGUGGAAUAUUGAAAAGCUGUUCCAUCGGCUUCGUAUGUCAUAUGAGUGUCGAAUAUAGAGUCAGUGUGUGUUGCGAGGUAAGUUUUGACAAUUUCCUUUAAAAUUUUAAUUUUUUCAAAAAAAAUUUGAAGCUUGGCCCCUGUGGCUAAAAUAAGAUUUUUUAAUUUUUAUUGAAGAAGAUAAACGUAUGCCAUUUUAAAUAACAUUAGAAAUAUUAAAUAAGUAAUAACAAAAUAAAACAAAAUUGAAAUUUAACUUAAAAUUUAAAAACUUCCCUUUAGAACCCAGCCAAUUUCUGCACCGCCCCACGAGACCCCGGUCAUUGUAACGGAACCGAAAUCCGAUACGGCUAUAACGCCCUCACCGACACCUGUGUCGAAUAUAAGUACUCCGGGUGUGGUGGAACGCUGAACAACUUUAAAACAAUGGAACAGUGCACACAAAUAUGCUGCAAGGAAUAUCGACAUUGA